AUGUCAUGCGUUUGCGCUAAGGAUAUAUACAUUUUGAAAUGCAAAGAGGGAAAAGUGUGUCAAGAGGCAAUGCCGAUGUCUAGAUCAUGA